CCCGUGUGGGGCGACCGUCCGCCAGCUCCAACGGUUCACGACUCACCACAAGUACAGUAACUAACUCCCCAGAAGCGUCUCGCCAAGAGUUCUCAGCGCCAUGAUUUGUUGGCGUCAGCUGCUGACAACCCUCAGCAUUUGUGGUGACUGGAAGACUGGUGGCCGCUGUCUAUGAGUGCGAAGGAGAUGGUUUUCAGUGUUCCAGUUGCACCUCCUUCGCCUCCUGCUCCGGUGGAAAGAUGUUAAUGGAAUUUAAUUGUCCCGAUGGCCAAGUGUGUGAUGGUACUAAGUUUUGUAAAGCCGUGGACCAGGCCGAAAAAUGUCAAUGUUCGGCUACCUCAAACCUGGCCGACCCCUACGACUCCCAGAAGUACUACCUGUGUGUGGCGGAGAACGAGCUGACUGAGCUGACCUGCGGCGACAAUGAAUUAUAUGACGACGCUUCCAAGACCUGUGCUGCAGCGACCUGUACUGAGAUUGGCUUCUUCCCGUUGCUGCCUUCAUGUACCAGCCACUACGCCUGUACAGCUCGUGACGACGGCAAGUACACAGCAUCUAACCUUAAAAAGUGUACUGACAAAGACACUGUGUACGACAGCACUAAACAGAUGUGUGUUGCCAAGACAGGCAUCCAGCUUCCAGACACACCUAAAUGUCCAGGUGAUGCUUCUGCCGUCAUGGAUCCCGUAAUGUGUAAUGCCUUCCACGUGUGUUCCUCUACUACAAUAGCCGGCCCUAUCUGUUGUCCUAACGAGAACUUGGUGUUCAACUCUGCCACUAACAUAUGUGAAGAGAACACGGGCCAGACAGUAUACUUACUCUUGUGA